AUGCACUCCCACUCGGGGCAGUUCUGCCCCGGCCACGCAGUCGACCAGCUAGAGGACAUCAUCCAGCACGCCAUCGCGCUGGGCUUCAAAACGAUAGGCUUGUCCGAGCACAUGCCGCGCUAUGAGGAGCAGGACUUGUAUCCCGAGGAGAGAGAUUGUCCCCGGGAAUCCCUACAGGCUCUUCCCCCCCGGCACGAGGCCUACCUCGUCGAGGCGCAGCGCCUGCAGGCAAAGUACGCCCGCCAAAUCCACAUCCUCAUCGGCUUCGAGGCCGAGUUCAUCCGGCCCUCGUUCGCGCCCCUGGUCAGGCAACUCGCCCUGCCGGCCUGCGUGGACUACUUCAUCGGCUCGGUGCACCACGUGCACGGCGUCCCGAUCGACUACGACGCGGCCACCUAUGCCGCGGCCGUCCGGGCCGCCGGCGGGUCGGAGGAGCGCCUGUACCAGGACUACUACGACCUGCAGCACGAGAUGCUUCUUGCGCUGAGGCCCCGGAUCGUAGGGCACUUUGACCUGAUCCGCCUGAAGAGCGCGGAUCCGGGCCGCGACGUCCGGCAGUGGAAGGGCGUGUGGGACAGGGUGUUGCGGAAUCUCAAAGUCGUCAAGGACCAGGGCGGGUGGUUGGAGCUGAACACGGCCGCGUUGAGAAAGGGGCUGCAAGAGCCGUAUCCUUGCCGCGCCAUUUCCGAGGAAUGGAUCAAGAUGGGGGGCGAGUUCACAAUGUCUGAUGACAGCCACGGCAUUGCUCAGGUAGGCACAAACUACGGCCGUGGUCUGUCCUAUCUAGAACAGCUGGGUGUCAGGAAUCUCUGGACUUUUGAGCGUCAACCACAUCCCGGUGUUGCCGGCUCAACAAAGGCAACGCUCUCUGACAAGGCUGUUCCCAUAGACGUCUUCAGGCAACACUUGACAUCGUGA